ACCCAGGAGCUUUUCCUGUGCUGUUGAACUCUUCUACCACAGUAAACUCUUUUAUGAGCCGCCUCCUCAUCCUCAUCCCCAUCCUCAUCCCAUCUCAAGCCAACGUUGUCCCAGACACGUUCUCGAACGCGACACAUCAUUUACUCAACAGCUUCUUAUCUAGAUACCGUUGAACCGAUCGCAUUUCCAUCAUUGAAUCAACUACCUUUUCAAUACCCCCAAUUCUCUAUUCUUGGAUGGGGUUUUCCCGCCAGAGUCUUAAAGGGCUCUGUGCCUGUCCAGGUCCUGAGAGCGCGUAAAGAGUUGUCGUCAUUCUCUACCUGUAUUUAACGCGACCUUGUCCACUUCAUCGCGUAUAUUACAUACAGUAUCUGUCACCCAGAAACGCGCACUAUCGCUACCCAACCACCUUUCCCCGUCUUCUUUCUCGGCGAAAAUAUAUCAUGUCGCAUCCACCAACGAUGCCUCCGAGGCCCUUCUCGCCUCAACAUUCUGCCAAUCCGACUUAUCCUUUACCGCCUAAUAAACGAGCCAGAUUAUCUCCGGGUCCUGCUUCUAAUCCAGGCUCACCUUUUCCCAAUUACGCCCCAAGUCCCCGAGCUUCUACACCUGUUCUUACCCCAACUGGUCCGCCAACCGCGACACCUAAUCUCCCGAACAAUCAGGUUUCCUCGGGAACAUACAACACCCCGUAUCAACAAGCCAACGGUCGACCCUCGUCAGGCGCAAUGAGCCUAACUAUGCCUACUGCCGUACCGACUCCAACCAUACCAUCUCCCCAACCCCAGACGCCUAUUGCUCCUCCGACACCUCAAGCGCUGUUUUCGAAUGCCAGAUUUGCAGCACCCUCUACCGCUACUUCGACGCCACCACCAGCACCAUCGGCACCGCCAGUAAUCACCAACAUGGGCCCACCCGCCAUCAAUACCUCGGGUUCCUUCCCGUCGUCGUACGAUGCGACAAAACAGACCUCGAAGUCUACGUCGGGUAGAGCAAAUAUAUCAUAUGAUAUGAACGACAUGUUACAGGGUACUGGUAUCGAUCUUGAGGAGGAAGAGGAGUAUCUGAACAACAUAGACACUCGCGGAUUUCCCCACUAUCCACCUGGCACGCGCGAUACUAUGUACGGAGCUGGGCCAGCUAAUCAGCCUGCGCAACCUACCAGAGCAUUAACUCAAGAAGAACUCGCUGCUGAAGCUGCGGAUCGAGCGUGGAACGAAGCAGCAGCAAAGCUCGCUCGGGCUAGGCAUUCAGAAUCCAGUCACCAAUUCUUGGACUACACAGCAUUACACAAGCGCCUGGAAGUUACCGCUCAAAAAUUUGGAUUGGGCUUGAAUCUAGAAAUGAAACAUGAGAUAGCUAGUGGUCGACACACGACAACCAGGGCAGUACCACCCAGCGAAUUUCCCAAACCCGAACUCCAGGUUGUGGUUCAGAAGGGCCCAGACGGUGCAAUGGUCCAGACGAUUGGUUCGUUUGUUCCCAGCGACGCAGUGUUGAUCGACCAGUUAGCUCUGAUCUCGAUAAGUACGAAGCAGCGCUUGAGAGAGUUGAUCGGUGAUGCAAACAAGAUUGCUACCACACGACAAACUAGCGCGCAUGGCCUGGUACCCCCAGAGUGGCUUGAUGUGGCGGCUACGCAGCCUGCCAUAACGAAUGGCACUCAGGAUGAAGCCAGUGGAACGGGUGCGGAGAGCGCGGUCAGCCCCCGCACCAACCCACUCAAACGUCCUGCCGAUGAAAUCAGCAACGGCUUGCCAACGCCAGUUUCGGAAGCGUCUCCGGCCAACCCCUUAGUAGAUGCUAUGACUAGCGCUGGAAAGCAAGCACGGAACCUCGAGGAGAGUCGGCUGAGAAAACGACUAAAGAGAGCUGAGAAGACGGCGGACAAGGACAAGGAAGGUGGUGAUAGUACAUCACGGGCAGGAUCUGUAGCGCCGGGUACUUCUGGAACCGCUGGUCAAGAGCCAGGCGAUGUCAGGCCCCCGACGAAGAAGGAGAGCAAGAAGGCGGCGAAGCUCGCAGAAGCCAGCAGCACUACGGUGAACCAGACACUAGGUCUAUUUGCGGGUGGUAAGAAGAAGAAAUAUUCUUGGAUGACAGCAGGUGGUCCGGGAAGUGGAGCAAGCACACCUCGACCUCAAGUUACUAGCACAUCAGGUACACUAGCUUCUACGGGCAGUGCUAGCAGCCGAGCUGCGCGGGGUCCUCUCACGAAAGCAGGCGUGACGCACCUGGGACAGUUUCGCGAGGAUUCUGACAAGGGAAAGAAUAUCCAACUUCGGGAUUGGAUAGUGGCCCUGGAAGAAGGCGGCUUUGAUCAAAAGACCUUACAAGAGGCAUAUGACAUAUUGGACAAGUCCAGCAAGGCUACGGUGGAAAGUACAACUUGAGGAUAAGGGAAAGAAGUCAUUCCAAAGAAUUAAUGCUACAGGAGAAUAAGAAUAAGAAUAAGAAGUGGCCUCUUCCAAGUCUAGCAAGGCCUGGGACGGAUGGAUCGAAAUGACGAUGGCAUAAGUUGCAUUUCAUAAAGAGAGGGGCUGAAUUGAAGACACCCCCUAGACCUCUUCGUUAUUGUAUUCAGUAUACAGUUUCUACUACGUUUCUACGUUAGCCAGGCGUUGGCAUCAGAGGGGCAUAAGGUGACACUACUGGGUUGGUUUUUGCUUUUUUU